GUUAAGAUGACUUUCAGAGGGAACUCGUCGAUGCCCUUAAUAUCGAGUUGAAAUAAUGGAAGAAAACAUUUAACGUUUACAGUGGUAAUCUUAUUCUGGAGAAUAUUUAAUAAGCCGUUUGGCUGUAGCCCAAGUGUGUACCCUUCGAAAACGAAACUAAAACAGUUCAUUAAGGAAGUAGAAGCCUAGAAGAGGCGUGUCCAACUACACAGUACUUUCGAUAUAAAAGUAUAGAAUAAAACAGUUGAAAAUAACCCUGACAUCUUCACACUGAGAAGAACCGGACUGAUGUCUGACUUAUCUCACAGAGAUGAAGACAGAUUUGGAGUUUCAGCAGGUGCUGUUAAAAGUGCAGGAGGCUCUCACUGUCGAUGAGGUGAAGGACCUGGUGUUCCUCUGCUCUGAACUUCUGAGUCUGAAAGACCUGAGCACCGUGAGCUCAGCCAGACAGCUGUUUACUCUUCUGGGGAACAGGGACCUGCUGUCAAGGGAGGAUCCGUCUCUGGUUUUAGAGCUGCUCAGGAUCCUGAAGCGGAACAGCCUGAUCCGCAGUCUGACCUCAGAGGAGGUUAUACCAACCAACGGCACAAAAUACAGUCAACUAAUCUCCACAUACAGACAGUUCUUGUAUGAGCUGUCAGAGUCCAUCUGUGAGCAGGACCUGAAAAACAUCAAAUUCCUCCUGUUAAAAACACUAUCGCGCAAAAAACUGGAGGACACGACGCUGUUGCAGUUGUUUUUGGAGUUGGAGAAGGAGGGCCUUUUGGAUGAAAAUAAUUUGGACUUUUUGGAGAAAAUUAUAGCACCUAUCAAUCCAAGUUUAGGAAAAAGAAUCAUUCAAUACAAAACGGAGAGUUGUAAGAUUGACGUAGUGAAGGACCAGGUGAACAGACUAAAUCUGACUGAAGGUGCUGCUGCGGCUAGUAGAGAUCAGAGCCAGAACUCAUUGAUUGAAAAUAUCCAGCAGUAUGAGAUGAAGGGGGACAAGAGAGGUGUCUGUCUGAUCAUCAACAACUAUGACUUCAAAAAGUGUAGUCUACGGGACAGAGACGGAACAGACAUUGACAAAAAAAGUCUGGAGGUUGUGUUCGAGUGGUUGGGCUUUGAGGUCGUGACCGAACAGAACUGUGAUCGCCAUCAGAUUCUGCAUGUGCUGAGGGACCUGGCCGCUCGUGACCACACAUCAGCGGAUUGCGUGGUGUGUUGUGUGCUGAGCCACGGAAAAAUAGAAGGCAUUCUUGGGGUCGAUGGAAAGAUUGUCACCUAUAGGGAGUUAAUAGAGACCCUGAGUCCGAGUCAGUGUCCCUCUCUCUUCGAAAAACCCAAACUGUUCUUCAUCCAGGCCUGCAGGGGUGCCAACGAUCAGCCAGCAGCACUUCCUCAGAUUUUCCCAGAUGAUGAAGUCAUGCCAGUCAGCGAUGCAGCUGUACCCAGAGACUCCAUACCUGAGAUGGCCGACUACCUGUUUGCCAUGUCUACUGUACCGAACUACGUCUCAUACAGGGACAAAGACCAUGGAACCUGGUUUAUACAGUCCCUCUGCGACAGCUUGAAAAUGCUGGUGCCAAGGGGUAUCGAUCUACUCUCCAUUCUGACGCAGGUGAAUAGCGAUGUGAGCAAAAUGACGGACAAAAGUGGUUUGAAGAAGCAGAUGCCACAGCCAGAGUUCACCCUCACCAAGAGAGUGGUUUUCCCUCCACCCAAAACUCACACUCCAUAAUGUCCUACUGCAGAUCAUGAUGUCUCUCAAACACAUCAGCAUGCACAGACACAGAUGUCCAUCAGAAAUGUUUACAUGACCUGUGAUGUUAUUAUAAUGAUUAUUAUAAAUACAGUAAUAUCCACUUCCCCAUGAAAAAAAAAGAGAAUAUUUGAGAUGUUUUAUGUAAUCAACAAGUAGUUGUUUUAAAAUCUUAGUGACAAUAAUACACAGUGUGCACAAGCCUCAGAUGAGCACAAUGCAAUCUAUGCAAUUUACAUUAAACUUGAAUGGAUUUGUCAUGCUCUCAGAGCCGGCCCUAGACCUUUGGGGGCCCUAAGCAAAAUUUGGUUGGAGGCCCCUUUGACCGUUUUAAGUAAGGCCUAAAGAAAAGCAAUGACUACCUUAUAACUAUACUGUACUUAUUAUAUGUACUAUAAACCUUGAUUUGGUGAUUUCGGCAGGUUUCCCUGUCAGUAAUAUAGAGUUUGAUGAAAUCUGUGUAUCAGAUCAUAAGCCAGUAUUGUUUAACACUGUACUCAAUAUUUCAAAGGUUAAUGUUAAGUCUUGUGAUCGUCCAAUCCGGUCUGUCAAUUCUGCUACAUCUAAACAUUUCAAAGAUGCAUUUUUUUGUGAUUCUUGCCUUACUGUGUCUUCAUUUUCAGAGAUGUCUCUUGAUGACCAACUUAAUUAUUUUAACACUCUGUGUGGUAAUGUUUUGGCCGUAGUUGCUCCAUUUAAAAACUAAGAAACCUAAGUUAGGGUCGCGACCUUGGCUUAACAAGGAUACUCGUGCCUCCAGACAGGAAUGGAGGAAAGCUGAAAGUGGAAGAAAAAUUUUUAGUAAUACGGUUGAGUAAUUGUGUAGGAAUUCAAGGUACCGCAUUGAAUUGGUUUAAAUAGUAUCUUUCUGAUAGAACAUUUUCUGUGGAGAUUGGGAAUUUUUCUUCCUCUUCUGUACCAUUAACGUGGUGUACCUCAGGGGUCCAUUUUGGGCCCGCUGUUGUUUUCGCUGUAUUUGCUCCCUUUAGGCUCGAUUUUUCGAUAACACAAUAUUCCAUAUCACUUUCAUGUGGAUGAUUCACAGGUGUAUCUCCCUUUGAAAAAUGGGCAUAAUCAUGACAUAACGUCUUUGUUGAAUUGUCUCGAGGAGGUAAGAGGCUGGCUGGCAGUUAACAUUGAAUGACUCUAAAACCGAAAUUGUAGUUGUUGGAUCACCAGGUUCUAACAUACAGAUUAAAAAAACAACUGGGUCCUUUAAGUGAGAAUUCUCAUGCUUACACCAAAAAUCUGGGAGUGAUUUUUGAUAACGGCCUUAAGUUUGACAAACAAAUUAACUCAGUGGUGAGGAGUAGCUUUUAUCAUUUGAGAUCUAUUGCAAAAUUAAGAGCAUUUUUAAGAGUAAAAGAUUUGGAGACCGUGAUUCAGUCCUUUAUUUCAUCCAGGCUGGAUUACUGUAACUCGCUGUACCUUGGGGUGGCUAAGUCUUCCUUAUCCCGCCUACAAAUGGUACAAAACACUGCCGCCAGUCUUCUUACUGGGACUUGAAAGAGGGAACAUAUUUCAUCUAUACUUGCUUCGCUUCACUGGUUGCCGGUUGAAUACCAUGUCAAGUUCAAGGUAUUGUGUUAUGUGUUUAAGGGGUUAAAUGGCCAAGCUCCUCAAUAUAUUACAGACCUUCUCCACCAGAAAUGUUCUAGAUCCUUUAGGUCCUCUAACAAGUUGAUACUCACUGUGCCACGAUAUAAACUGAAAUUAAAAGGUGAUCAUUCCUUUUCUGUUGCUGCUCCACAUCUGUGGAAUAAUUUGCCGGAAACACCUAAGGUUGUCUUCCACUGUUGAUAGUUUUAAAUCUUCACUAAAGACUUAUUUUUUCUCUUUGGCUUUUGGUUAAAUGUAAUUUUAUGAUGGGUUACGAUGUGAUUGUGUCUGCUGACGUAUUUAUAUAUCUUAUAUUGUCUGAACUGAUUGUACAGCACUUUGGUCAGCAGUGGCUGUUUGAAAUGUUCUCUAUAAAUAAAAGUGCCUUGCCUUGCCUAUGUUAUUUUUUUACAUUUUUAAGUCUAUUAAAUUAAGGUUUAAUUAUUCUAUGUAUGCUAUAUAUGUUUAUCUGUUUUACGCUGCUGGUCCUGAGUAUUUCAUUCUUAUGUGGCAACAUGUACAGAAUGACAAUAAAAGACCUUGAAUUGA